UACGUUAUUACGGCGGUCCGUAACUGCGGUUAUUAACGUCUCACGAUGACGUCAUCCACGGACCGCUCGGUCACUGUGGGGUCCCGGUGGUUCUUGUCACCGAUACGGACCGCGACACUAUGUUACGCUUUGGUUGGACAGUAAAGGCAAGAACACAAUACAUGGACACUAGAAAAUAUAUAAAACUCAAAGAGCCAUGCUUUUUGGAGUUUGUCACUGAAGCAAAAAAAGCAUUUGCCAUUCGAGAACAGACACCUGUUAAGGUAACAGAUGACACCUCUACAGAAGUGGACGAGGAUGUAUUUCCUGAACUUGUUGCUGAAAGGGGCAUUUGCUUUAGUUUACAUACUAAUAAUGAUUCCACUUCUGCACAUAAGUUGUCCCCUCUUCUGACUGAUGGGAACUCUGUCAGCAAGACUUCAACCUUUACUGAAUGCAAUGAAGGCAACAAAACGUCUGCAUUUCAUUCCAAAAGACCCAGGUUGGAUGAUUCCAAGCUUGCAAAAGAGACCAUUGAAGACAUCCUAAAGUGCAAACCUGGUGGUGUAGAAGUCAUGCAGCACUAUAAAGACACUGGUAAUCUCUCAACCUCCAAAAGAAAGGAGAUGAUUAAUAUAUUGGUUGCACACAUGACUGAACAAGAAGGAAGGAUACCGCUUAAGGCCACAAGAGAGAUGUAUGCCCUUGGCAUUAUUACUCUCUUUCCAAACCUAAAAGAUCCUGAAGGGAAGACAGGCUAUGAACAAUACUAUGACACACAGAGAGGCACAGGUUUUAUUAUGAAUCGCCUAAAGACGGUUCUGAGAAACACUAAUUGUAAAAUGCCCUCUCAAUCAAAUGAGAAAUCUUGUGACCCUAGAAUGGAGGAAAUGAUCUGCCUUACAGAUCAGCUAACAGCUGAUGAUUGCCAAGAAGCAAUCUCACUGCUUAAACACAGCACUGAUCGUGAUAUCAUCUUCUGGAAGAUGAAAGAAACGUUUCAGUACCGUCAGGAGAUUGUAAAGGACCCAAAGUCGUCCACCUCCAUCUUUCACAUUUUUCCUAGAUUCCGGGACACCAAGGGUCUGAUACAUCAAGACUUUGCUUUGAUGUUUGGCCUGGAAACAGCCUCCAGAUUUUUAGAGAAGUGGAAUACCUCCUUCAAGCAAAAUGUGAUUAAGGAGGCAAAAACUCUAAAUCCAUCUGCAUUCCUGCUACAGCUACUGAAAUCUGCUGAAAAAAACAACGGAGACAACAGUAAUGAAGAAUGGGAUAGUGACAUAGCAUCUCUGCUUUUGCUGUUACACCUCCUUGCACCCCAACCUUCUGGAAGGAAGAGAGCAGCCAAGAUCAGUGUGAGAGAUGCUGUUGGUCGCCUCCUGAAAUUUGAAAAGUCCUGCAGAAGUUUGGAGGACCAUCUCUCAGAGGUGGAGGACAGACAGCCCUAUCUUCUGGCCACUGGACAAACCAAAGCAGAUGCACUUAAAUUCUACAUUGUGGUCGACAAGAAUCUCAUACCCUGUCAAGCAAGUACUUCACUUGGAGCUUUUGAUGAGCUUUUCAAAGCUCAUUAUGUCUUUGGUGCACAAUAUGACCCAUCUCUCAGCAACAUGUUCACCUUUAUCCAGACAACAAUCUACAAAAUCCAUCCUAGCACGUCCAGCCAAUCAUCACGCACUCGAGAGCUGAGAGCGAAACUGUUAAACAGUUCAAUGGAAAGUACAUAAUGAGAAGAUGUUUCAUUUGCAAGUCUUUGCUGGGUACAAGCAUUAAAUUGUUUCGACACCUGAAGUUAGCUCAUGGCAUGUACCCAUGGGUACAUGCCAUGAGCUAACAUACUUAGAAAAGACAACUUGAGGAUUAUUUCUUUGUUUGAUGCACAGAUCUCCUAUGGUGCUGACUCAUUUUUUUACAUAGUUGCAAAAAAUGAACUUGUUUGAAACACUCAGAUCUAUUUAUUUAGCCUGUACAAGAAUAGUAUAUUUGAUCAGAAUGAAUGUAUAUUUUAUAUAUAUAUAUUUUUGACCAUUGAUGAGUUAAAGAUGACAUAAAAAUGUUGUAUUUUCAAUUGAUGUUAUUGCAGUGUAUGUUUACUUAGAAAAUUUGAGUCAAUUUCUAUUGAAAAUGUCAGCAGAUUGUUUGAUAAAGUAUAUAGACAUGUACAGAUGUCCUAUCGUGCUGACGAAUUUCUCAUUUUUUUACAAAAAUGUAUAUUUUCACACUAUUAAGAUGCUAUUGCAUUGGAGACUGCAUUGUUUUAUUCAAUUGUAUGUCAUUAAA